AUGGCGGCCCCCCAGGAUGACAUGUUUUCUCUCUGCGUGGAACCCGGCAAAGUUAGCAGUGCAAUAGAAGUCCGGUUCAUUGACAAUACAAAGGGAAAGGGAUUAUUUGCAAAGAAAGCCAUCCGCAAAGGAGACACUAUAUUGAUUGAGCGACCACUCAUCUGCUCUCAGUUCCUGUGGAAUGCGUUAUAUAAAUAUAAAGCUUGUGAGUACUGCCUGCGAUCCUUGGAGACGGCCGAGGAGAAUGCACGGAGACUCAGUGGGCUCCCUGGGCUCAGCCUGCCCCACCCUGAGCUGUGCAGGGUGCGGUCGGAGCUGCACCAAGCCUGCCCGCAGUGCCAGGUGAAGUACUGCAGUGCAGAGUGUAGAAAAGCUGCUCAGGAACAGUACCACAGGGUCCUGUGUCUUGGGCCCUCCCAGGAAGAUCCUGAUCAUCCCAUCAACAAACUGCUGGAUGCAUGGAGGAGUGUCCACUAUCCCCCAGAGACCUCCAGCAUCAUGCUAAUGGCAAAGAUGGUGGCUGUGGUCAAACAGGCUCAGGAGAAAGGCCGCUGGCAAAGGCUCUUUUCCCAGUUCUGUAGUCGUUCUGCCAACGAGGAAGAAGAGAUUGCUCACAAACUCCUUGGAGAAGAAUUUCAGGGACAGCUUACUCUUCUUCGAAGCCUGUUCAAGACAGCACUUUACGACGACCGCCUAAACCAGUGGUUUACCUCAGAGGGCUUUCGCUCGCUGUUCUCCCUCGUCGGGACCAAUGGACAGGGAAUUGGAACCAGCUCGCUGAGUCAGUGGGUCCACGCCUGUGAUGCACUGGAGCUGCCUGGCCACCAGAGGGAGCAGCUGGACACCUUUAUUGACCAGUUAUACAAGGACAUAGAAAAAGAGACGGGCGACUUCCUGAACUGCGAGGGCUCUGGGCUGUUCCUGCUUCAGAGCACAUGCAACCACAGCUGCAUCCCCAACUCUGAAGUCACUUUCCCCGACAGCAACUUCCUGCUUCAUCUCAAUGCCUUGAGUGACAUCAGUGCAGGAGAGGAAAUCUGCAUCAGUUACCUGGACUGCUGCCAGAGGGACCGUAGUCGCCACAGCCGCCACAAGAUCCUGAGGGAGAACUACUUGUUCGUCUGCUCGUGUGCCAAGUGCGUGUCACAGCUGGACGAGGCGGACGUGACCUCGGACGAGGAGGAGGAGGGGGAGGCCGAGGGUGAGACAGAGGACGAGAUGACGGACGUGUGACCUGCGACCUGUGACCCCUCACCCACACCCAGCCCAACCCGACCCAUCCGUAGUGCAGACCCUUCACACGGGGCACAGCAGAGAGGAGGAGGAGGAGGAGGAAGGCGACGACAAAGAAGAGAAAAAGCGAUCAGCUCACAUUAUUAGGAGAGAAAAAAAAAACUAGUGAAAAUGUCAGUGUCUCAUUGGCAGAUGUGUGUGUGUGGGUGACGAGUUCAAAAACUGACAGAUUGCACCUUCAAAGUGAUGAUGUUUGCUCUGACUCUGUACGCGUGCACACACACACACACACACACACACACACACACACACACUCCCCGACUCAACAUGUUGAGGCCCACUGUUGCUCUCUAGCAUAUGAAGGUGAACUUUGACCUCCCCCUUUCUCUCGACACAGUGACUCUCAGCGUUACAGAUAGAUACUCAAAUAUGCACUCAGAAGCUCCAUUCUGCUCUCUAAAUACAAGCUGGUAUGAAACACAUCUAUGCAUCUGGAGUCAAGUGGGUAUGCACUCUUUUUUUUCUCCUUUUUGAGGUAAUCAAUGCACCUUCCAUUUGCCGCAAGCAUAAUUGCAGAGCAGUUGGUUCGGUACAGCAAAUUGUUGUCAGAUUCUCUCACACCCACCACCACCCAGCAUUCCCCCCACAACCCACACACACAUAUACACACACACACACACAUACCCCCCCCCCCCCUAAAAAAAAAAGAAAAAACACACAUAAACGAUACACACACAGUCCCACUGUCCACUGCAGUCUUUUUUUAGUAAUCUAUACAUCUUUGUAUGGCUCUAACUUCGACCAUCUUAAGCGUCAUCUAAAGGGUGAACGCAGGUCUGAGAAUGGCAUCUGUGGCGCCGCUCAUCAUGCUUUUUGUUUGUCACCCUCCCAGCCCUCAUGAUCAGCUACAGGACCCCCCAACAGUGUCCUCCUCGCUGACCAGAGCGAGCAUAUAUUUUGUUACAGCACUCUGCCAGGGUACCUGCAUAAGUUCACCUGUACAGCGUAGGAGCCGAGUUAGGAGAAGAGUUUACUAGUCUGAGGUGGGCUUGACCAUGUUACACAAGCACCCCCAGGCACGGCCGAUCCUCUGCAGUCUCACACUUAACAGUUGUGCUCGCUGGCAAGCAUAAGGGGGGGGGGGGGGGGGGUAGUCUGGUCUGGUCUGGUCUGUUCUGUUCUGUUCUUCCGCGGUUUCUGCUGCCGCAAACACUCAGUUUGUGUGGAGACGGGAGAGGAGCUUGCUGUGGAUGUAUGACGUUCUCUUAGGGUUUUUCUGUCAAUGUCCUGCAUUAAAAAAAAAAAAAUCUCUUUUUCCUGGCACUGCUUGUCUCUGUCCCAUCUAUUACGUAGCCCUGCAAUUUAUCAUCAGUGGUUCGCUGGUUGAUGUCCAAUAAAGCAUAGGGAAUGAGGAUUAUCCUCCGUGCCACAGAACACAUGCUUUCAGUGGUCAAACUCGUCUCGUCCAAGCAUAUGUCCUGACAAGCCAUCAAUUCCCAUAAUUGCAGAUCCAUCGUUUGCUGGGACUUGGAGACCCUCUUACAAUAUAAUUGCUGCUCACUCAGUCCUCCAUUUUAGAUAGUAUGUGUCAGAUCAUUCUGUUCUUGUAGUGUAAUGGUAGUGCUCGAGUGGUCUCAGUGCCUACUCCUUGGAACUCUGAAGGGUCCUUAUUAUUCAGCCUUCCAAGGAUCCUCUGUCUUGAGCUGCCUUUUUUUUUCUCCCCUCUAAGGGCGUUACUCUUGCCAUAUGUAAAUAAGUUUAGUCUUGAUCACGCACGGAUCUCUCUGAAUAGGUUAUUUUUCUUCCUCAGUCCCUUGCUCGUUUGUUUUCUUGCGUUCCACGAAGAUGAGUUGAAUGCCCUCGGCUCGUAGCGUGUUGUUCUCGGUGAGCUUCAGCACUGUCACCUGGGAGACGGCCAGGCGAGAACAACCUCUGGAUCCGGCAAAAAAAAAAAAAAAAACCCGAUCUGCCUCGUUCCUCUGAGCCCUCGCCAAGACCUCAGCAGGAGCGCGGCGCGGCGGCAGAGCCGACUCUGGAAUGUUCCAUCAGAAUGGCCCACUGUGGCAAC